GAGAAUUAGGCAGUGCCACGUGAGUGGGAAGCGGAAGGCAAGAGGGGAAAAGGUGUGAGCUUUUGAACAAUAGUAGGAUGCUUUCGUAGCCUAUCGUACGUUAGCUUCACGCAUUUUCUGCAAUCUUUUCGACACUUUUUCUUGCAGUUAUAACUCGGGGAAUAGGACGAGUCUGAGAAAUGGCUGAAACUGAGAACAAGUCAGACAUGGGUGAAACUAAGGAUCCAGCCAUUAAGCUCUUCGGCAUGACUAUAUUUAAGUUCAAAACAGAAGAUUCGCCAGAUUCAUCCAUUCCUGCCAAGCUCGAUAACAUCACUGUACGUACAAUUUUUUCUUCUCAUGAUUUCAGAACAUCUGAUUGUUAAUUAAUUUCUAGAUCAGUUUUUGCUUAAUGGGUCUUAUCUAUUAUCUGUUGUAUUUUAUUGGGUCUGCAAUUGUUUAGGAGAAGGAGAAGAGUGUGUUGGAAUAUGAUCAUGUGAAAGGGUCUGAUAAUGGGAUAAUAGGUAAAAUGAAUGAUAAUAUGAAGAAAGUAGCAGAAGAAGAAGAAGAAGAUAAAAAAGGGGAAGAGAAGUUUUCAAAGCCAGAUAAAAUCCUUCCAUGCCCAAGAUGUAACAGUUUAGAGACAAAAUUCUGCUAUUUCAACAACUACAAUGUGAAUCAACCAAGGCACUUCUGUAGGAAUUGUCAAAGAUAUUGGACUGCAGGAGGAACUAUAAGGAAUGUUCCAAUUGGUGCUGGAAGGAGGAAGAACAAGCUACUCAGAAUUGAGGAAUCUGCAAAUUCAGAAACAACCCAUUUGAUAAGAGCUCAAGAAGAAGACCAUACUACUCAUGUUGUACCUAUUGCCCCGUUUGUUUACCAAUUCAAUCGGGUUCUAGAUAUUACUGAUACCCCAAACCGGUUUUUGUCAAAUGGAAACAUGAUUCCUUUACAAUCUAUGCCUAUGCCAUGUUGGGUAUGGACCUUAGGAGGAAAUCGGAAUAUAAAUAUGCAGCCUAUAGUGGGACAUGACAUGGGUUAUGACAAAACUGGAUCAUCUUGUUUAGGGAAACAUUCAAGGGAAACCAAUUUCUGUGAAGAAAAUAUCGGAUUGAAAACACCAAGAACCAAUGAGCCUGGAAAGAACAGUUAGCAGCAGAAAUUUUCAAUCAUGUUUGUUAUACAUCAUUCAACAAAAAUUUAUAUUGAAAAAUAAAAAUCUAAAAUUGAUCUAGUAAGGUGUCGAUUACUUGAUGUAUAUAUUGACCUUUAAGGC